ACAACGACGUACAAGACCUGUUUCUUGGAUCUAUUUUUUUCCAGAUAGUAAAAAUGCACCUAUAUUCGUUACGAUCACCUAUUUGGAUUAUCAAAUGUAAUAAUUUAUAUAUUAAAAACAAUGUAACGAGAAGUUUACCGUUACGUAUGAAUAUGUCUUCAUCAAACAAGGAAAAAUCAACAGUAGACGAAGGAGAUGUUCAGAGACAUAGUAACCUGAUUAAUGACUGGUGGGAUCCCAAUGGAAGUAUCAAGGGAUUACAUAGCUUCAAUUAUAUCAGAGUACCUUUUGUAAGAGACGGUCUUGUGUCUGAAAUAGAACGAGAUAAAACUUCUACCCCAUUGGCCAAUAAGAAGAUUCUGGACAUAGGCUGCGGCGGAGGAAUAUUAUCUGAGGGCUUGGCAAGAAUUGGAGCAAUCGUAACUGGUGUUGAUGCGAGCGAAGAUUUAAUUCAUUUAGCAAAACAGCAUAGCCACAUAGACGCUAAAAUAGCUAGAAACAAACCCACAUAUUACUGCAAUACUAUUGAGAAACAUUCAAAAGAAUUUUCCGAACACUAUGACGCAGUUGUAGCAUCAGAAAUUAUAGAGCACGUUGCAGACAAGGAACUGUUUGUCAAGUCGUGCGUAGAAGCGGUGAAGCCUGGAGGAAAGAUAUUUAUAACAACUCCCAAUAGAUCGAGAUGGACGCAAGUUCUGGGUAUCUUUGUAGCGGAGUAUGUACUGAAUGUCUUGCCGAGAGGCACGCACCAGUAUGAUAAAUUUACGACACCCAAUGAGGUGACGAUGUUAUUGGGAAGAAAUAAUUGCCAAGUGGAGCUAGUGAAGGGGAUCACUUACAAUCCAUUUAACAACAAGUGGGCCUGGGUGAAUUCGCAUACUCUGUGCUUUGCGCUACAAGCGACCAAGUUAAAUUCUUCCAUAUAAUAAAAAUUAUAUUAUGUUUA